CUCUAUAUAUACUAAUAACUUUUGAUUUUUUUGGGUGAAAUUUGUUAUGUUGGCUACAUACAUGGCUCGUAAAUUUACGGUGGUUAUAGCCUUAUUGACCACCUUGACCGCCAUGGGCCACCGACUAAGAAGCACUGAUACCGCCAUUAGUGAUGAAAACGGAUGGGAGGAUGCUCACGCCACAUUUUACGGUGGUUUGAAGGGCGAAGAAACCAUGCAAGGAGCAUGUGGGUACCAAAAUCUAUUCGAGCAAGGCUACGGUUUAGAGACGACGGCUCUAAGCACGGUUUUGUUCAAAGACGGAGCCACGUGCGGUGCAUGCUUCGAGCUUCGAUGCGUCAACGAUCCACAAUGGUGCAUCAAAGGAGCCGGAACUAUACGCGUGACAGCCACCAAUUUCUGCCCACCAAACUACACCAAAACCGUAGGUGUUUGGUGCAAUCCACCGCAGAAACAUUUCGAUCUUUCGCUACCGAUGUUUCUCAAGUUCGCUAAGUACAAAGCCGGGAUCGUUCCGGUGCAAUACAGGCGAGUUUUAUGCCCCAAAAAACAAGGCGGUGUCAAGUUCCGGUUAACCGGAAAUCCUUAUUUCUUGAUGGUUCUUGUUUUCAACGUUGGACGUGCUGGUGUUGUGACCGAGGUUAAGGUGAAAGGUUCGAAGACCGGUUGGAUUCAGAUGAGGAGGAACUGGGGACAGGUUUGGGAUACCGGUACGGUGUUAACCGGACAGAGUUUGUCGUUUUCGGUUGCUGUCAGUGAUGGGAAACGUUUGAAGUUUGAUAAUGUUGCUCCACCUAAUUGGCAGUUUAAUCAAACUUUUGCUGGCAAGAGUAAUUUCUAGUUGGAAAAUUCAUUUCUUUUAAUGUACUUUUGAACAAAAAUCAUUGUUAUCUCUAAAACUUUAAAAUAUAGUUAUGGCCUUGUGGGGGUAUUUUAUUA